GGCCCGGUGCAUGCCGGGUCGGCGGCGGGCGCUGGCUGUAUUCCCAUCAUGGCGGCGGCGUUGGUUCCCAGUUUCUGGCUUUGGGCUGCGUUGCUUUUCCCUGCGGCCGCGGUCUACGAAGACCAAGUGGGCAAGUUUGAUUGGAGACAGCAGUAUGUUGGGAAGCUCAAGUUUGCCUCCUUGGAAUUUUCCCCUGGAUCCAAGAAAUUGGUUGUGGCCACAGAGAAGAAUGUGAUUGCUGCAUUAAAUUCUCGCACUGGGGAGAUCUUGUGGCGCCAUGUUGACAAGGGCACGGCAGAAGGGGCUAUGGACGCCAUGCUGCUACACGGACAGGAUGCAAUCACUGUGUCCAAUGGAGGCCGAAUCAUGCGUUCCUGGGAGACUAACAUCGGGGGCCUGAACUGGGAGAUAACCUUAGACAGUGGCAGUUUCCAGGCACUUGGGCUAGUCGGCCUGCAGGAGUCAGUGAGGUAUGUCGCGGUCCUGAAGAAGACGACUCUUGCCCUUCAUCACCUCUCCAGUGGGCACCUCAAGUGGGUGGAACAUCUCCCAGAAAGCGACAGCAUCCACUACCAGAUGGUGUAUUCCUAUGGCUCUGGGGUGGUGUGGGCCCUUGGAGUCGUUCCCUUCAGCCACGUGAACAUUGUCAAGUUUAAUGUGGAAGAUGGAGAGAUUGUCCAGCAGGUCAGGGUUUCGACCUCAUGGCUGCAACAUCUCACUGGAGCCUGUGGCGUGGUGGAUGAGGCUGUCCUGGUGUGUCCUGACCCAAGCUCACAUUCCCUCCAAACUUUGGCCCUGGAGACGGAGUGGGAAUUGAGGCAGAUCCCACUGCAGUCUCUCGACUUAGAAUUUGGAAGUGGAUUCCAAUCCCGCAUCCUCCCCACACAGCCCAACCCAGUGGAUCCGUCUCGGGCCCAGUUCUUCUUGCAGUUGUCUCCAAACCACUACGCUCUGCUGCAUUACCAUCAUGGGGCCCUGAGUUUGCUCAAAAACUUCCCACAGACUGCCCUAGUGAGCUUUGCCACCACUGGAGAGAAGACGGUGGCUGCAGUCAUGACCUGUCGGAAUGAAGUGCAGAAACCUAGCAAUUCUGAAGAUGGGUCAUUGGGGAGCUUUUCGGAGAAGUCUAGUCCAAAGGACUCGCUGGCUUGCUUCAAUCAGACCUACACCAUUAACCUCUACCUAGUGGAGACAGGUCGGCGGCUAUUGGACACCACGAUUACGUUUAGCCUGGAACAGAGCGGCACUCGGCCUGAGCGGCUGUACAUCCAGGUGUUCUUGAAAAAGGAUGACUCAGUGGGCUACCGGGCCUUGGUGCAGACAGAGGAUCAUCUGCUACUUUUCCUGCAGCAGCUGGCAGGGAAGGUGGUGCUGUGGAGCCGCGAGGAGUCCCUGGCAGAGGUGGUGUGCCUGGAGAUGGUGGACCUCCCCCUGACUGGGGCGCAGGCUGAGCUGGAAGGAGAAUUUGGCAAAAAGGCAGCAAUUCAAGACGGCUUGCUGGGGAUGUUCCUGAAACGCCUCUCGUCUCAGCUUAUCCUGCUGCAGGCGUGGACUUCCCACCUCUGGAAAAUGUUUUAUGAUGCUCGCAAGCCCCGAAGUCAGAUUAAGAAUGAGAUCAACAUCGACACCCUGGCCAGAGAUGAGUUCAACCUCCAGAAGAUGAUGGUGAUGGUAACAGCCUCAGGCAAGCUUUUUGGCAUCGAGAGCAGCUCUGGCACCAUCCUUUGGAAACAGUAUCUACCCAAUGUCAAGCCAGACUCCUCCUUCAAACUGAUGGUCCAGAGAACUACCGCUCACUUCCCCCACCCCCCACAGUGCACCCUCCUGGUGAAGGACAAGGAGACGGGAAUGAGUUCUCUGUAUGUCUUCAAUCCCAUAUUUGGGAAGUGGAGUCAGGUGGCUCCCCCAGUGCUGAAGCGCCCCAUCCUGCAGUCCUUGCUUCUUCCAGUCAUGGAUCAGGACUACGCCAAGGUGUUGCUGUUGAUAGACGAUGAGUACAAGGUCACAGCUUUCCCAGCCACUCGGAAUGUCUUGCGACAGCUACAUGAACUUGCUCCUUCCAUUUUUUUCUAUUUGGUGGAUGCAGACCAGGGACGGCUUUGUGGAUAUCGGCUUCGAAAGGAUCUCACCACAGAGCUGAGUUGGGAGCUGACCAUUCCCCCAGAAGUACAGCGGAUCGUCAAGGUGAAGGGGAAACGCAGCAGCGAACACGUUCAUUCCCAGGGCCGUGUGAUGGGGGACCGCAGUGUGCUCUACAAGAGCCUGAAUCCUAACCUGCUGGCCGUGGUGACAGAGAGCACAGAUGUACACCAUGAGCGCACCUUUAUCGGCAUCUUCCUCAUCGAUGGUGUUACUGGGCGCAUCAUCCAUUCCUCUGUGCAGAAGAAGGCCAAGGGCCCUGUCCACAUCGUGCAUUCAGAGAACUGGGUGGUGUACCAGUACUGGAAUACCAAGGCUCGGCGCAACGAGUUUACUGCUCUGGAGCUCUACGAGGGCACUGAGCAAUACAACGCCACCGCCUUCAGCUCCCUGGACCGUCCCCAGCUGCCCCAGGUCCUCCAGCAGUCCUACAUCUUCCCCUCCUCCAUCAGUGCCAUGGAAGCCACCAUCACUGAACGGGGCAUCACCAGCCGACACCUGCUGAUUGGGCUGCCUUCUGGAGCAAUUCUUUCCCUUCCUAAGGCCUUGCUGGAUCCCCGCCGUCCCGAGAUCCCAACAGAGCAAAGCAGAGAGGAGAACCUAAUCCCGUAUUCUCCAGAUGUACAGAUACACGCAGAGCGAUUCAUCAACUAUAACCAGACAGUUUCUCGAAUGCGAGGUAUCUACACAGCCCCCUCAGGCCUGGAGUCCACUUGUCUGGUUGUAGCCUACGGUUUGGACAUUUAUCAAACUCGAGUCUAUCCAUCCAAACAGUUUGAUGUCCUGAAGGAUGACUAUGACUAUGUGUUAAUCAGCAGUGUCCUCUUUGGCCUGGUUUUUGCCACCAUGAUCACUAAGAGACUGGCACAGGUGAAACUCCUGAAUCGUGCCUGGCGGUAAAGACCAAAGACUCUGCCGGAGAGUGGAGAGCUGAGGCGGAGUGCGGGUCAGAUGAGAAGCUACAGCUGCAGUCGGGCAGAUCGGUGGAGCAUGUGUGUUGAGUGCUCAUCUCAGUUAAGAGAUGUGGGGAAGAAGGUGGACCUUCCUGUGGAACUUUUGGGACACAUGUGGUGCUGAAUCCUACCGUGGACCGAGACAUAACUCACUCUCAGCUGAGAAUCUCAAAGUGUCUUGAUGGACUUUCCCCUGAAGUCCGGAAGCUGCUGGGCUAUUUCCUUCCUUUGCCCAUCCCUGAAUGUUCUGCUUCUUAAUAAGACCUCCAACAGAUUUUUCUCUUUUGUGAGGUCUGUUUCAGUU